AUGGCAAUCAAGCGCAAGGCUACGGAUCCAGUGCGCCCAGAUCCCUCGCCUUCGAAAAAACAACACGUAGAGGUUAAGAGAGAGCUCAGCAAUGGCGAGAUCAAGUUCGACCACUCCCGUAUCGAAGAGAAAGUUGGCAUUGUGCAACGAGAGUUCUAUCCUCCAGAGAUGAGCAAUGAACGCGCAAAGCAAUAUCAUGAGGGGGAGAUACCACGUCCGAUCCAGGUUCUGCAUGCAAUGCUCGCGCAAACGAAAGCAGGACGCGAAAAUAUUGCAGUAGGAGAAUGUCUAGUGCAUUGGUUCAAGCGUGACUUGCGACUUUUUGACAACAAGGCUCUACACCUGGCGAGUGAGAAGGCCAAGGGCAAGAAUGUACCACUGGUUUGCAUGUUUGUGAUCAGCCCGCAAGACUAUCAAGCACACUUGACCAGCCCAGCAAGAGUAGACUUCGAGCUUCGAACACUGGAUAUCAUGAAGAAAGACCUAGCAGAGCUAGAUAUACCACUAUACGUGACAACGAUCGAGGACAGAAAGGACGUUAUGCCGCACAUCCUCGGCAAAUGCACAGAAUGGGGCGCAAAACACCUCUUCUGCAACAUAGAAUACGAAGUCGACGAACUCCGCCGCGAAACAAAACUCGUCAAAGACGGGCUUGCCCAGGGCAUCGCUCUCGAAGCCGUCCACGACGACGUAGUUGUAGCCCCUGGCGAGCUCAAGACGGGAGCAGGGAAACAAUACUCCGUGUACUCUCCUUGGUUCCGCUCCUGGAUCAAACACAUCCACGAACACCCCCAUCUCCUUAAUGCCUUCGAUCCUCCUACCCAGAACCCACCUUCAGCCCGCGAGAAGUUCCGCGCAAUCUUCGACAUGUCCACACCCUCCGCACCGUCGAACAAGAGCUUGACUCCCGAAGAAAAAGAUUGCCUCACCCAACUCUGGCCCGCGGGCGAACACGAAGCACGCGAGCGUCUGGAUCGCUUCCUCUCCGAAAAGAUAGGAAAAUACAAAGACACCCGCAACUUCCCCGCCUUGCAAUCCACCGCGUCCCUGAGCGUCCACUUCUCCUCUGGAACCCUCGCAGCCCGCACCGCAGUACGCUCCGCCCGAGACGCAAACUCCGCGAACAAGCUCGAUGCCGGGAAUACAGGAAUUACAUGCUGGAUCUCUGAGAUUGCCUGGCGGGAUUUUUACAAACACGUCCUAGCGCAUUGGCCGUAUGUCUGUAUGCAUAAGCCGUUCAAGUAUGAGUAUUCUGAUAUUGAGUGGGAGUAUGAUGAGGAUCAGUUCAAGUUGUGGUGUGAAGGGCGGACAGGGUUUCCGAUCGUUGAUGCGGCGAUGCGGCAGAUGAGGAGUAUGGCGUACAUGCACAAUCGGUGUAGGAUGAUUACCGCGUCCUUUCUUGCGAAAGAUUUAUUGAUAGAUUGGCGGAUGGGUGAGAGAUAUUUCAUGGAGCACCUUAUCGAUGGUGAUUUUGCUUCGAACAACGGCGGGUGGGGGUUCAGUGCCAGCACGGGUGUGGAUCCGCAGCCAUAUUUCCGGAUCUUCAAUCCUUUGCUGCAAAGUGAGAAGUUUGAUAUGGAGGGGGAGUACAUCAGGAAGUGGGUGCCGGAGUUGAGAGGGAUAGAGGGCAAGGCGAUCCAUGCGCCGUAUGAGAGGGGCAAGGCAAAGGAGGCGGAGAAGGCCGGGUAUCCGAGGCCUAUGGUCGAUCAUAAGCAGGCUAGAGAGAAGGCGUUGGCGAGGUAUAAAGGUGGAUUGGGAAGGUCAACGGCGAACGUUGGUGGUGGAGUUCAUAACUGA